CAACUUAUUUGUGCUGCUCAGGAAGUUUCUACUUUAUUGCAAAAUAAUCGCCAAGUAUAUAUCUUAAGGAUAUUACCGUACAAGAAACUUUCAGUUGAAAUUUGUGUGUGAAAUAAGUGCGUUGCUUAAAAAUUCAGUACAAUGUUUUGGUGACGUUUUUCGAAUUCGAAAGUAUACGCAUGCAUACUUGCACGAUAUCGAACCGAUACUUGAGUAAUAGUGUGACCGAAGAACGUGUAUCUCUCCGAUGAUAAACUUUAAACGUCAAUUGUCUGACGUAUCUUAGGCACGCCGUCAAAUCCGUCAAAUCAUCAGUGACGCGCGAGCGUGGAUAGUGCAUUAACAGCCGCAUAGAAGAGUGCAACUGAAGUACCUACGACAAAAAGAUUUAUUCAAAAAUGUGGUCAUUGACGACUCUGCUUGUGACAACUUUGGCAUUCGGUAGCGCUAUAUCGAAGACAGUUAACUUACCGAGUAACGAUACGGAAUGGCGAUACGGUUUCGAAGUCGAUUACGAGAACAAUCAGUUUUUAUUGGAUGGAAAACCCUUCCGAUAUGUUUCCGGUAGUUUUCAUUAUUUUCGAGCGCCUAGACAAUACUGGAGAGAUCGUUUAAGGAAAAUGCGAGCCGCGGGACUUAACGCUGUCUCCACUUAUGUUGAAUGGAGUCUUCACGAACCAGAACCAGGUCAAUUUAAUUGGGCCGGCGACGCAGAUCUAGUAAAUUUCUUAAAUAUUGCACAAGAAGAAGAUUUGCUCGUGUUAUUGCGACCGGGUCCUUAUAUUUGCGCGGAAAGAGACUUGGGUGGUUUACCGUAUUGGUUGCUUCGUGAAGUACCGAAUAUAAAGUUACGCACAAAAGAUGCAGAUUUUGUGAGAUAUGCUACAUUGUAUCUAAAUCAAGUGCUGGAUAAAGUAGAACCACUUUUAAGGGGUAAUGGGGGACCAGUAAUUAUGGUUCAGAUAGAAAACGAAUACGGAAGUUACAAUGCUUGCGACACGGAGUACACGGACAUGUUAAAAGAAGUUUUUGUCAGAAAAAUCGGCAAUAAGGCUCUUCUGUAUACAACCGACGGUAACUCCGCGUCUUUACUUCGAUGCGGAUUCGUACCUGGUGCAUAUGCCACCGUCGAUUUUGGAACGGCCAGCAAUGUGACUAAUAGCUUUCAGAUUAUGCGCCUUUAUCAGCCAAGAGGCCCGUUGGUGAAUUCUGAAUUCUAUCCAGGUUGGUUAACGCAUUGGGGAGAUAUCUUCCAGAGAGUAAAAACAAAAGCUGUUACAAAAACGUUGAGGGAAAUGCUUGCUGUAGGUGCUUCCGUUAACUUUUACAUGUUUUAUGGAGGUACAAACUUCGGUUUCACUUCUGGAGCUAAUGGUGGGGUAAACGUGUACAGUCCACAAUUGACUUCGUACGAUUACGAUGCUCCUUUGACCGAAGCCGGAGAUCCGACAGAUAAAUACUUUGCUAUAAGGGACGUUAUCGGUCUCUAUUUGCCGUUGCCAAAUAUGUCUCUCCCAACUGUAUCUCCGAAAGGCAAUUAUGGUCCAGUGUUAUUGGAACCGGUACAGAAGUUGCUCGACAGUCAGUCUCCAUUCGCGGUGAUCCGGACGACUGGACACCUGCCUAAAACCUUCGAGGCUCUCUCGGUGAAUCAAGGAUUUGUUCUUUACGAAACGGAAUUGCCGUCUCCCUUCUCAGACCCGGCCAUCCUGCGAGCAACGACGAAGGACAGGGCGCUGGUUUACGUGGAUGAUCGACUGUGCGGCACUCUGAGUCGCAUGGAUAAAAUAUUUACUCUACCACUGGAGAACCCUUAUGGUCGCCACUUGGGUCUACUGGUGGAGAAUCAAGGUCGCUUGAAUUUUGGCAAUGACAUUCACGAGUUUAAGGGGAUAUCGAACGUGACUCUCAGCGGCACUAAGUUGACCACCUGGAAUAUGACGGGGUACACGUUUUCCGACGUAUCCUCUCUCCGGAACAUGACAACUAUACACAUUGAGAGUGGCACUCUGUACAACGGUCCGGUAUUUCUGCGUGGACGAUUCACGAUCUCCGAGCAACCGUUAGACACGUUUCUGGAUACCAAUGGCUGGGGAAAAGGAGUAGCCUUUGUGAACGGUCACAAUCUCGGGAGGUACUGGCCAUUGGCAGGCCCACAAAUAACCCUGUAUGUUCCAGCGCCGUAUCUUCGCACAGGCGAGAACGAGUUGAUCAUAUUGGAAUUGGAAUAUGUGUCGCAAACGAGAAAGAUGAAGUUUCAAGCCGUACCGAAUCUGGGAUGAAUCUAAUUCAGGACUUAUUUAAUUAAGUGUGACUGUAGGAGUAUUAUUGGAUCACGUACGCUUUU